AAGAGGGAGAGAGGAAUUCAGUCCUGUUUUAAAUGGGAAUCUAGAACGCAGAGAGGAAAAGAGACGCAGAGAGAGAAAAAGUGGAGAGAGAUUUAUUUUACGCACGGGAGAAAGAAGGAAACGAGCAGAAGAAAGGAAAGAAGGAGAGAGGAAGACAGGCAUCGGGAUUUUUUUUUUUUUUUUUUUGCUCCUUUCACUCUCAUGACUCAAAGAGGAUUCCAGUUAAAUUCACCCGGUCGGGAGGAAUUGAUGGUAUCUUUUCAGGGGAGCAGAGCCGAGGGGAGGAAUCUGAAUGCGCUCGGCUGAACCAUGCCAGCCCUCUGGAUCAUAACUUUGGCGAUCACUUUGAACCAAGUCUGGUGCAUUCGCUUCUCCCAGGAGCCCGCGGACCAGUCGGUGGUGCUGGGAGAACGGGUGGUGCUGUCCUGCGUGGUCUUCAACUACAGCGGCAUCGUCCAGUGGACCAAGGACGGCUUGGCCCUCGGCGUCGGAGAGGGACUCCGAGCCUGGCCCAGGUAUCGCGUGCUGCGGUCUCUGGACAUCGGCCAGUACAACCUAGAGAUCUCCAACGCUGAGCUGUCCGAUGACUCCCUGUACGAGUGUCAGGCCACAGAGGCCGCCCUGCGCUCCAGGAGGGCCAAACUCAAUGUACUCAUCCCCCCUGAGGACCCGGUGGUUGAUGGAUCCCCGGAGCUCCUGCUGAUGGCUGGGACUCCGUACAACCUGACCUGUGUGACCCGCGGGGCCAAGCCUGCGGCCCACAUCCAGUGGACCAAGGAUGGGGUCGCUGUGGAGGGGGCCUACCAGUCCACGGAAGUGCUACCAGACAGGAAGAGGGUGACAACCAGGAGCUACCUGCCCAUCACACCAGCUGACACCGACAGCGGCCGCAACUUCACCUGUGUGGCCAGCAACCCGGCGGUGCCGAUGGGCAAACGUGCCACUGUUGCCCUCAAUGUCCACCACCCCCCGAUGGUGACCCUGUCCAUCGAGCCUCGCUCCGUCCUGGAGGGUGAAAGAGUCACCUUCACCUGCCAGGCCACUGCCAACCCUCCCAUCAUGGGCUACAGAUGGGCCAAAGGCGGUGUGCUGCUGGAGGGCGCCAGAGAGAGCGUGUUUGUCACCACAGCUGAUCACUCGUUCUUCACCGAGCCCGUGUCCUGUCAAGUCUUCAACGCUGUGGGAAACACCAACGUCAGCAUCCUGGUGGACGUGCACUUCGGCCCAAUACUGGUAGUGGAGCCCAGGCCCGUUACUGUGGAUGUGGACUCUGAUGUCACUCUGAACUGCAAGUGGUCUGGCAACCCCCCUCUCACGCUCACCUGGACCAAGAAGGGCUCCAACAUGGUGCUCAGCAACAACAACCAGCUGUAUUUGAAGUCAGUGAGCCAGGCCGACGCAGGCCAGUAUGUCUGCAAGGCCAUCGUGCCCCGGAUCGGAGUGGGAGAGACCGAGGUUACGCUCACUGUCAACGGUCCCCCCAUCAUCUCCAGUGAUCCAGUCCAGUACGCUGUCAGAGGGGAGAGAGGAGAGAUCAAGUGCUACAUCGCCAGCACCCCCCCACCCGACAAGAUUGUUUGGGCCUGGAAGGAGAACGUGUGGGAGAAGGAGAAGGGCACCCUGAUGGAGCGGUACACUGUGGAGCAGAGCAAACCCCCAUCGCAGGGCGGGGCCGUCCUCUCCACCCUCACCAUCAACAACGUCAUGGAGUCUGACUUCCACUCGCCCUACAACUGCACCGCCUGGAACUCCUUCGGACCCGGCACCAUGAUCAUCACCCUGGAAGAGACGGAUAUUGUUCCAGUGGGAAUUAUUGCCGGUGGUACGGUGGGCUCCUCCAUUCUGCUGCUUAUGUUUCUGCUGGCGCUCGCCUUCUUCCUUUACCGCCAACGCAAAGGCAGUCGACGGGGUGUCACCCUCGGUAAACCAGACAUCAAGGUAGAGACGGUCAACAAAGAGACCCACAGCCUGGAGGAGGAGGCGGCCGAUGUCUCCACGGCAAACCGAAUGGUCAAGGCCAUGUACUCCUUUCUGCCCUCUGUUUCCCUCUCUCCCUCCACUCAGCCGUUCAAAGACGACAUGGACCUGAAGCAGGACAUCAGGAGCGAGGGCGACACCAGGGAGGAGUACGAGCUCAAGGAUCCAACCAAUGGCUACUACAACGUCCGAGCCACCACCCACGAUGAGGCGCGCCCCCAGUCCCGUGCCAUCCACUACCAGGGAGAGUUCCGCUCCCCGAACCCAAACAGUGGACCAGCCGGUGCCACUUCCAGCGGACCCUCAGCUGCCCCCAGCGGCGCCGUUCCCCCUAGCGCAGUGCCAGGCUCAAGGGCAGGCUGCUACGACCCCCGCCCCCCUUCCAGGAUGUCCCAUGCCACCUACGCCCAGUUCAACACCUUCACCAGGGCAGCGCAGAGUCAGCAAGCACCUCCCAAUCCAGCUCUUCAGUCGCCUGGAGAUUACCCCGGAGACUGCGGCCUGCUGGACAGCACAACCCAGCUGGCUUAUGACAACUACGGAUAUCCUUCCCAGUAUGCCAGCUACCGCAUGGGCUUUGCUCCGCCCAUAGAGGAAGGGCCAGCCUAUGAGAUGUAUCCAACGGGGCAAGGGACCGGACCAGGACCAGGACCAGGGCCGGGGCCAGGGCCGGGACAGCAGAGUCCUGAAACAGGGCUGGGGCAGUACGGAACGUCCACUCGCUUCUCGUACUCGUCUCCACCCUCUGACUAUUCCCAAAGACACACACAGCGGAUGCAGACUCAUGUUUGAGAAACACACACUCUGUUACUUUCUUUUUGCAACCGAAGUACUUAUUACACUUAAAACAAAACAAAACAAAAAACAACAUACAUGAAUAUAAAAGAAUACAUAAACAGAUCCGUUUUUCGUUUCCAUCGCAUCCAGUGCAUGGAAUUCUUUUCAUUUUCUGAACCAAAAGAAUCACCCCAACAACGCACAGUAGUUAGCAGCAUCGCAUCCUAAGACAGUUAGCAGCAAUACAUGUAACACACGCAAAGCCACAUUCACACACAUUUGCGCGGAGCCUCUGUUGCGUGCACUGUUUUCUGCUCCAACAUAAGCAACAGCGAGAGCCACAAUCAAGAGAAAAGAGACAAAAAGACCAGAAGAGCACUUUGAAGACAGGAAGUAGAAGAAGACAAAGUCAGGAGCUUGUGGAGGAGCAGAGGAGGCUUUUUCCUCCUGCAAUCCUUGUCUUGCUCUUGGAUCAUCUCCCUGCAUCGCGUUCUCCUCCCACCCCAUCUCUGUAAAUAAGUGCAAAUGGAGAUUUGGGUCAUUUUGAAGUUACUUCCUUGUACAAACCUAUACAGUGUGAUGCAGUACAGUGAUCUACAGCAAUCCUCCCUGUAAUUCACACUUUUUACAUCUACAGACUCUCACAUAUUGCAAAAAAAACAACAACACACACACACACACACACACACACACACACACACACACACACACACACACACACACACACAGAUCUUUAAAGACUUGUUUGUUUCGAUGUAUUGCAGCAAUGGGGCAGCUUGGACUAUAAAUAUAUUCGGCACUUUUUGAUCCUUUUCCUCAUUAAAACCUGCCCAGUGGCCAUUGCUUACAAGAUCUACCUUGAUUUAAGUGGGACAGAGCUUCUUGAAGUGGUACAGUUAGUUACCAGAGUGCCAAUGCUUAUGUGCCAACACACACGCCGACUAUAAAGGUGUGUCUUCUUUUGUAAAGAGUGGACGAUGAGAUGCUCUGGAUGAAAAAAAAACAAGAUUUUGUACAUGCCACAUCUGAGAGGAAAGAAAAAAGGGGUGGUAGCAAGAGUCUCUGUAUACUCAUCUCUCAUUUUUUAUCAUCAUGAUAAAAUUCCAUACUCGACGUUCAUUCGAGGUCAAUGCUGUAUACGGUAUUUGUGAAACGAGGUGCAGCGGGAGCGCUUUUUUUUUUUUUCAUUCAAUGAAUUCCUGCAAUUUGUACAAAAAGAUACCUCCCCUACCCUCAAGUGUCAAAAUUUGUUUCUCUCACUUGCACAGUAGGAUAGAUUUUUUUUCCAUAUUUAUACCGAAACGUAUGAAAAAAAAAAAAUGGCAUUCAGAAACAUUUUAUAGUAUUUUUAUAAGGAGUUGUGGACCAAAGGUUCAGCGUUUUGGGUGAAACUCACUUUUUAAUGUGUACGUGACAACGUGAUCGUUAUUGGAAACGUUUUGAGUUUCUUUAAAAAGCGACGGAUGGUGUUUUUAAAGUGGAUGUUGUAGACUUAAAUUAGAACUUUUUGAAGAGCUUCUAUCCAAAAUGAUAAAUAUCCAGCAAGGCAAUGGGGGGAGAACUGUUUGGUGGAUAUUUGUGUUUGGUGUGAAACUCUUUCUUUGACUUCCAGUCUUCUGACUGGACUGCCUUUUUCAAAUGUCGACGACAUUCAAGAUGAUGAUGGAUGCAGAAGAAGCAGCUGCUCCCUUUGAGCUGUAAACUUGGUGUAAUGCUGUGAGCAAUGAGAGGGUUCAAGUGUAGUCUAACAUAUCAAAAUGAAGGUACAGAUGGUUCUAUCUAGCUCAUAUGGUACUUUGUACAUUUAUAUGUAAGUAUGCUGGUUCGUUCACUGCAACAGAAGAUUUGGUGUUUUACGUCUGAGGUUUUUCCAUUAUAUCUUGUCAGCUUUGGUACAGGUGACUGGCUUUUAACCACACAGGUUCAUGAAAUCUGCCCUAACCUAACCUCUACUGAGGCAGCUACUGUCCAAGUCCCAUGUUUUAACAAGUCCAUGUGGCCCCUCUACCAAAUUUAUUUCCACCAAGAGAGAAAAUUAAAUCUGUGGGUUUAGCCUUUGCAUGUGUCAGGAUCGUGUAACCUCUGCAGCUGUUGGAAACGUUCAGGUUUUUCCUCGCAGUUUAGUGGUUUUGCUUUCUUUGAAACUCACACAUAGAUCAGCCUACGAAAGUCUCUGAUAAGCAGUGUUGAUUCUCCCCGUCAACUAUAGCAGUUUAAACCAUCAGAUGAUAUCAGCCCGGUUGCCAGGAUAAAAUGUUCACAGUGAACGUUUCUGCAAACCACAGAUACAUUCAUAUGUACGUGUAUUAGGCUAUAAAACAAGUAUUUUAAUCCAAACCAUGAUGUUUUGCUGACCCAGAUCAAGUGGUUUUGUGCCCAAACCUAACCAGCCAAAAUUGGACCAAAAGAAACUGGAAGUCUCCUCCAUGGUUUUGCAGAAACGUACUUCGCUAAUCUUUAUUCUGUCGAUUGGGUAGAUGAUGUAUACUUUUCUUGCCGGAUAUUGAAAUAUAAUCAUUUAUAUUUAGAACUCACCAACAACUCACUUAUCAACAUUGUAUGCAACCACUGACUGAGCAUCAGCGUUCAGACAUUUAUUUCACAGUAAAAGUGAACUAAAGGCUUUAAUGGCUCCAUUUAGUGCUCCCCAUGUGAAAAAAAGUCUUUAGGGAAGCGAACUCAAACAUCUGAUUGGCUGUUGAUGAGAUGUGGGCAAAAUAUGUUCACUUUUUUUCCAACUUGAGCGAGAUGUUUCUCAUAUGUAUAUCAUCUGACCUCCAGCCACUUACCCAUAAUGUUGCUCGCAGUGUGAACACGGCGCUGAAAACACUUGUCUAAAGCAGCUACUCGUGCUCAAGUGAGAUCACUGAGAAACAUUUGGUACAUCUGCCAUUAAAGUUCCCGGCAGUUGUUCAGUCGAGUUGGCUCACGUUUGCACUCUGGGUUUUGUUAGUGAGACUGGAUGGCAGUUUGCCAUCGCACAACUUCACCUUAUUACGGUGACAAUCAUGUGUUGACUCCACAGCGGCAGCGUCAAUCUUUACUGUAUACUGAGCUUGGAAUUAUGAGGUUCCAUCGCUAAUGCAACUGUUUCUGUUUAUUCUUUUUUAAGGGACGUUAAAAUAACACAUGAUGUUGUUCAGGCAACCAGGCAGGAAUUGCUUCAACAUUUUUAUUUUUACUUUUUCUCGUGGGCACAUAUGCUUUAUUGGAUAUUAUGCAACAAAGACACUUCUCGCUUGCCUUGCUAUACGUUUUUGAGCAGUUAAAAAUUUACAGCAGGUGAGACGGUGCUUUUACAGAAGACCCGAGGCUGCGGCGUGAAGCCAGAAAGAGGUAAUCAUUGAGUCUUUAAACUUAUCAGCCACCCUAUCAACCCCGCACAGAUACAGUACAUUAUGGUAAUUUUGUGCUAAGGGGCGGUAAAAAUUGUAUUUAUUGCCCCUAUUUUGAAUAAACACUUUCUGAAAGGACCCCACAGCCACGCCAUUUCUGAUUAGAAUAUCAGAGGGAACCUUGUAGCUCCAAGGUCACUAUAUAAACCAUUUCAGCAGUUAUGGGGAGAAGAACGGCAGAUGGAGCACCCUUUUAAAUUUAUAUGGUUAUCACAGCCUUGGUACUGCAUACUAUUACCUCUUUACAACCUUUUUACAGAGUUGUAGCCGCGCAGUAUUUUGCAUCUGACUUGAAAUGUCGUUAUGACCUUGUGUAGAAUGAGUAAAUUUGACACAGGAGGAGGUACCGAGGCCAACAAAUACACAGCCGGGUCAUCCAGAUACUUCGUCGUUACCUCUUGACUGUUUACAGUCUGUUGACAGCCGGGACAUAUAAGUAUGUAAAAGGCCAAAAAAUGCAAAGCAAUUGUUUAGAUUCGCUUCAAAAAUGUGGUUUAGAAAGGAAGUGUUGACUCCAGUAAGUUAUUCAUUUUUCUCUUUUUUCCCACGGAAGUACCGAUCCUACGUUUUACUCUCUGCUCUCUCCCCUGUGUCAUAUUUAAAAAAGAAAAUUAAAAAAGAACACCUACCGGCUUUCAAAUGUAGAGGUUGAACCUUUCUUUUCAUGAAGGAAAAAGCUCAUCGCGACAUGGCAAACCUUUCUCUCAUCGCAUUCUUCAUGAUGAUAACAUAUGGAGUAGGUAUAGCAAUCUAGCUUGCAUCGAUGUGUGUUUGUUGGGGGGGUCAGGAGUCUGUUUUUAGAGAGUAUAUAGCUUCAUGAGCUCAUGACAUCAUCCUCAGUGUGCAUUUCUUUCUUUCUAUGAAAAUCCGUAUUUUGAAUAUUAUUUUCUUGGUAUUACUUUGUGGUGUUACAUCACCAGUGGAAGAAAUGGUUAUACAGUAAGUGUGUGUUGAAACUUUUAUAUACAGUAUUUUAUGUUGUUUUGUAUGCAUCAGAUAAAGGGGGCUCCGAUUGAUCAACCAGCUGAAAAAAGAGAGGGGGGUUGUGUGUGUCAGUGGCCAAAACGACUCCUCAGCCAGGCCACAAAUAGCCAAAACUCUGUCUGAACUAGGCCAACCCAGGCUAGAACCAGGCCAGACCCACAGCUAACUGCUCUGUUCCAUGCUGUGCUGUGCUGCACCGGCCCCAGACCAAGACUGACUCGAGUGGCUCGGUGUCCGUUUUUACCUUUUGGAGUCUUCAGUGAGUGCCAAAAGACUGUGCAAAAAAAACAAAACAAAAAAAAACUCACACACACACACAAAAGAACUGAGCAGACAAACAAAUGCAGCAGUGAUUUGUGUUUAUUGCGUUUAUGUGAGCGUGUGUUCAACGUGUUUGCGUCUCCAUACGUGCACAUGUACUGUGUUUAUCCAUCCGUGAACAUGCAUGUGUGUGUGUAUGUGUGUGUGUGCAUGUGUGUUGCCAGCGGGUAUAUUUUUUUUUUUCCCAGGAUGGCGAAGGCAUGACCUGCCCUGCUCUGCCUCUGAUUGACUUGCUCUGAUAUUCUUACUCUAGCUCUUACAAAUCUAACUCCUCAUGUCCAAACAUAACAACCCAACUGGUGAUGGAAACGAGCACCAGCCAAUCAGAGCCAGAGUAGGGAAGGUGCUUUUGAAGCACACCAUUAUAAAUGCUUUGGGACCACUGGAACUUAAGAAACUGGGGUUUGACUGACUGUUUUGCGCAAAUAUCAAAUUGAUAUUUUUCGUCAAUAUUUAGUAGUUAAAAGGCCUGAGAAAAGUCUGAUGAAAGUUACAGUUCUUAAGAUUUCUAUAAACCAAACUCAAUUUGUGAGCCUAUUUACGAAUAAAAAAAACAUUUAAUGUACUUGCAUUCUGUAAGUGCUCUCAGUGUUACUGGCGGGGUCCGUGUUCUCAACACAGGAUUCAAACUGUGUGCCAACUCCAAGGAAAAGCCAGAGGCAGGUGCACAGACACACUUCCUUCAAAGUGCCACACAAAAUUGGGUCUAGGGCUGUCACGAUAUCGCAUCACGAUCACAAUAAUAUCACAGUUUUCAGCCACACUAUGGGCGGAGUGUCUCGGUGUCAUCAGUUAACUCCUCUGUCAGCAGCCGCACAAUGUGGAGCCGCGUUUAUUCCUAUAGAAGCUGCUCAGUGGCGUUUUGAAGCAACCUUCCGUGUUGGGUCACCCAUAGACCAUCCACACUAGAGACUUCCACCGACCAAGCCAACUAACUUGAUUGGGUGUAAAAUAAUUGAAUCACGUGGCUCUUCUAGACUUUCCCAAUGUUAUUGUAUCAGUCACCUUGACUUUUCAUUGGCAACUGUUUGCUUAAAGGCCCCCACACACAGCCCAGACUCAAACCAACAGCCAACUGCCUUUAUCCGACCACUCCGUUGCCUCGUGUCUGACUUGUUCGUCAGAAAUGUUGCAUUGAAACAAACCGCCUCGACGGCUGGCAGUUACACAGUGCCGUGUUCGUUCUGUUCUUGCGCGAGAUGCAGUAAGUGGCGCGGGUGGCACUAGUCUCACGCCGGUAAUCCAAAACAGGAAAUGACCGAACGGAGUGCAUAGGAAAAAAAAAACGCACACCAUAGCGUUCAGUAGCACACACAGAAUUACGCAUUCCCACACACCGCGCUGAUUUGCUAGCAUACCGCUAGUCAGAAUGGUCAUACAGCUAGCAUACAACCAAUCAGAGCAUCCAAUGGCUCAGACAGCCAACAGCCAACAUUCUCAGACUUCGCAAGCUGAAUCUUAGCAGACGCUGUCCAUGUGGUUCCAAAAGCUUCCAACGCAGCUGAACACACCGAACAGAUUUGUUCCCGAACUCGUCCGAGUCUUCCCAAAUGCUUCAGACGGCCAACGGUCGGCCCGCUGUGUUUCAGGCUUAACAAUCAUUACAUACUGCACUUUAAAGAUGUUACUCUUUUCAGCAUUAUAAACGAUAAUUGAUCCUAGCAAGCGUCACCGCAGUUUUUUUGUCAACGGAAACUUUCGCAGGAAGAGACGGGGUCCGUAACUCCACAGCUGAAAACAUCACCGGGAUGACAGACUCACUAGUGUUCUAUAAAUACAUCAUUUUGAACAAGAGCAGGACUCAAAUCUGAAGGAUUGUAACUCUAAACUGCCUCACUGAGCCACAGAAUUUGAUCUACAUUUUGUUGUAAGCUGACACUUUGAAGGCAUCUCCACCCCGUAAAUUGGAUUAAACUGGAACAAAACGAGUGUAUUUUGAAGGAUAUUGUCGCCACAUCAGUCAAACCCGAGUACAAAGCAGGACAGCUGGUAAGACGGAGUGAAGGAGACAUUGCGUGGCCUUAGGACACGAGGAUGGCGCCGAGCUUGUCCGCUCGCCCCUCAUCCAGCUGCCGAGCCUGUCAGCUCUCCGAAACAGCUGCACGAGUGAACAGGAUUAAUUGAUGUUCGGCUCGGUACCGUGAACGUAUGAAGUCAGCGAUCAGCGCGGUGAGAAGGAUUCCAUAUUGCACUUGAAAGUGUUUCAAGUGGAGGUGUGCAUGUGGGUGAGAGAGGAACAGCGUGGGUGUUCAAAUGAGCAUAUAUUCUCCAUACUUUUUAUUUUUAUCCCUAUAUAUUGGUCACGUGUGUAUUCUGUUCAUGUUGGGUUUGAAUACUUGUUUAUCCCUUUUAUUCAAGAAAAGAACUGUACAAAACAUACAAGAUUAUUAUUAAAAUCUUCCUUUAUUUUCA